AUGAAAUACUUAGUUUUCUUAGCAAUGAUAUUGGUAGCUUUAUCUAAAAGACACCAUUAGCCAGAUGCUGGAAAUUUCGAUACUUGUGAUAACUCAACAGGUUGUUUGAAUUAACUGAAAAAAUGUCUGAAAGUACAAGAAAGAGAUCCAUUGCAUUAUUCAUGUGGAUAUGAAUGCUUAGAAAAGAAAAAUCUGACUUGGAUGGUUUUGAAUGCAUUUUUGAAAAAUACAUUGGGUUGCACGGAGAAUGAGGUUAUUCAUUUGAAAUCAUCAAACAUUUAAUAAAUAAUUUCUUAUUUGAUAGACUAAAGUGUCUCUUAAGCACAUUCUAUAGGCUUUUUUCAAGAUAAAUAAGAUCUAUUUUUAGUUUGA